UAUUACGUUUGAAAGUUUCAGCACGACACAUACAGAUUUAAGCGUAUGCAUACAGUUUUUGUGUAAAUAAAUUGUUGUUUGUGCAAAGCCAUGGAGGUGAAAAGAAAUGAUGAAGUAAUUAAGCAUAUGUCACUUGCUUUCGGUUAUGAAGAGCCGAAUUCAUUGAAUAAAGUGUAUACACUAUCAAAGGUAGAUAAAUCUGACAGUAAAUACGAUUUUAUUAAAGACGAAUUGGAAAUCACGGAUGGAAAAGUUGGUGAUCCGGUUAUAGUAUCGAUUGAAAAAGUGUAUAAUCCCUAUAUACUUGCUCUGUACAAUUUGAAGAAAUCUGAAAUGAAUGGAGAAGAAUGUGAAGUUGAAAUGUGGCACGGAUCAACAGAAUCCAAAAUCCACGAAAUUUGCAAGCACAAUUUCGACUACAGAUUGAUAAAAACGCAUAAAUUUGGUAAAGGUAUCUCGUUCGCAAAUCAUUUUUCGUACGCAUUCCACUAUAGCGUUUCACAUGAUCCAUGCCGAAAUCAGAACUAUUGCAUGUUACUCUGUAAAGUUUUGAAGAAAAAAGUUCAUGG